CUGUCAAAGUGUCUGUGAACAGUAUUAAAUAUGAAGUGUUUUAUAAUAUACAUUGUUAUUAUAAUAUGUUUUUUCUAUUAUUAUAUUAUCUGCUGAUUUUUCUUUAAAAAUCUUUGAAUUUGAAUUCAUAACAUAGGUAUAAUGUAUUCGACCUUUGAGUAAAAUAUCAUAAAUCUGAAAAAAAAGCAAAUGUCGCACAAUCUGUACUGGUAACGAUUACUGGUAGUGUGAUAGUGUUUCAUGAGACCAUUGCACUUGUGUCCAGUGGUACUCUUCUAGAAAAACUUAAAAUAAUUAAAACUAUAUCAAAAUAGGUCACAAUUUGGCAAUUGAUACCUUGCAGCAAUAUCUGAUUUAUUAAGGGACAGUUAAUGUUUAAAUAAAGUUGUAUGUUUCUAUACUAAUAUAGUAAUAUAUUAUAUUUCAAUUUAAUUUCUAAGUAUUAAUGUAGUAAUCAGAAGAAUUAAUAUUUUAACAAAUAUUUUUUUAUGAAAAUAAAAUAGUAUUACUGGUUUUUUAAUUUUCAAAAAUUUUCAAAAAUUUAUGGAUGACAAAAUAACAAAAGCUAUAAUUAUUAUUCAAAUAUAUGAGGUAUACAAACAUAAGUAAUUUUAUUAUUUUUUGAUAUUUAUAAAUAACAAAACCAUCUAAACAAAGUAUAUUAUUGUUGUAUAAUUGUUAAUUAGGUGUAUAGGGACAAAGCCCCUUUGGGUCUUUUUUAUUAAGUUUAGGUGAUUGGUGGUCGGCGCCGUGGAAGUAAUACGCAAAUGGUUCUCACGGCAUCGUCAAUCCCAAACAAAAAAAAAAAAGGUGAUUGGUGGUCAACCUCUAGUAGGUAUAUUUGCCUCAUGAAAUAAAAUAGUAAAAUAGCUUUUGGUAACUAUUCUACUAUGUUGUUUUUAAAUUGUUUAUUUUGUCAUGUGUGCUAUAAGAACCAUUGUAAGUUUUAACUUAUUUUUAAUUAAAUACAGAUUUAAAAAUUGGAAUAAACAUUCAAUCUCCUAGAUAUUUACUCUUUUAAGAUCUCAAAAGGUAAGUGAUAAGUUAUUAUAUAAUUACUGUUGUUGCUAAGGGAACAAACAAGUAAUAUACUAGUAUUAUAGUAGAACCUAUCUAUAAAUCAUUGUUUCUAUAUUGUAGACUUGUGUAAAUGUUUGAUUCAUUUCACUAGAAAAUAAUGUUUGUCAAUUUAAACUUUAUAAUAUUAAGUACUAAACGUUAAGUUCAUUUUUUAAAGUAUUAAUAUGGUCUUUAAGUUAAGUUUGAAGUUGUUAAAUGUCGAUCGUCGAUCUGUCCAUUUAGAAUGGAACAAACCACAAGAUAUUCCAAAGCCCCUAUUCAAAUUGGUUAUGAAUGAAAACAAUCAAAAUUCUGUGGUUAUAUACAGAGGAUUUCAUAAUUAUUUUUUUGUUAACAAUUUGUCCGGUGGGCACCAAUAUACAUUUAAGCUGCAGAUGGAGUCACAUAAUGCUGAUUCGAAAAAUUCAGUAUUUGAGAUAGCUACAGUCAGUUGUACUACAAAAAAUGACUGUCCGAGUAUCACCGCAUUCCAUCAUAGUGCCUAUCAAAAUUUACCAUUGCUCUUUCAAGAAUUCUUGGAUACAAGAGCUCGUGAUAUAAACAUAUUCAAUGAGUUGGGCGAGUGUGGCUUGUCCAAAGCCUGUGCAGCUGGACAUAACGAUAUGGUACUUACUAUGUUGCAAUACGGAGCAGAUGUGAAUUUACCGAAUUUGUUUACCAGAAUUACACCGUUAAUGACUGCUGCUUACCAUGGACACGGUGAUAUAAUAAGAAUAUUAGCUCGCAAUGACGCUGACUCCACUUUAAAAGAUAUAAAUUCAAAAACAGCACUUCAUUAUGCAGUAGAUGGAUCUCAUAAUGAUGCAGUUAAGAUGCUUCUGGAAGGGAAUUGGGGUGAUGUAAAUUCAGUAGAUUCUAAAGGCUGGACUCCAUUAAUGAGAGCAGUGUUGAUGUUUGCCGAUUUAGAUGUGAUCAAAACCCUUAUUUCAUAUGGAUCAGAUUUAAGUAUUAAAGAUAAAAAUGGUCAAAAUAUUUGGCAGUUGGCUCAUUUAUCAAAUAAUUGGAAAGCCUUAGAAAUAUUACCAGAUUAAAUUAUUAGAUUUUCUCAUAAUUUACUAUAAGAAUGAAAAAAUAUAUUACUUUUACUAAUAAUUUUUUAACACCCAAUGUAUUAACAAUUAUUAUUAGAGUAUUAUUAAUGAAUAAAUAUCAACGUAAAUAAUUCAAAGGGAAACUUACUAUUAAAUAUACAUUCAUAGAGUAUAAUAUUAUAAAUAAA